CCUAGCUAAAAAUUAAUUCGGUACAAUGUUGGUGUCGAGACUACAAACAAGAUGAGUAGGCCUAAAGAAAAUGUAACGCCGCACAAGGUUUUUUCUAGAGUCAUUUUGUCCCCCCAUAAAAUUAACUGCGUAUGUCUGGUUUGUGGAGAAGCUACCGUAAAAGCAAGGAGAAUAUUUAUUUAUAGAAACGAAAAUCCAUCAGCAGUGUUCAACAGGCUAAGGUUGGUUCUCAGUCCCCAACAACUUUAUUUACUGAAACCGAACGACAAUAUAUCUUGCUGUCAAUAUUGCGACAACAAAUUGAAAACGAUAGGUAGGAAUAUCGACAAGUUAAGAGACUCUGCAAAUGCUACGCUACAACGUUUUAAGAAAGUGGUUGAAAUAACCAAGAGAGGAGCAAAUAUACUGGAAGCAAGUAGCAAACACACGCGUAAAAGUGAUGAUGAUAGGCCUAGGCCUAGUCCCAUGUCAACUAGGAGCCCUGCUGCUGCUGCUCCAGGGGAAUGUGAAGUCAGUUUGCCUAGGCGUAUGCCUCCUCCUUCUUCUAGGCAUUGGUCUACCUCUUCAUCAGAUCCAAAAGCCAGACGAAGUUUGUCGUUGAGUAUUACAAAAGAAGUAGGCAUACAGACCAAAUAUGUACUUGAAACGGAUACUAGAACUAGACCUACUGCUACUACUGACGCAAAUAAGAUGAAGGAAUCCGUUUUCAAACAAUGUUGUGCUAUGGUCAAUGAGGAGGUCAGUGUAAUUUGCUCACGAGAGGGUGAUUGGUCAUCUGUCCUGAGAAGAACCUCCAAGGAAGAUCUUGCCUUAUUCCAAUGGGAUGUAUUUCAUGAAGAAAUUAAGGAGAAAGCCCCCCAUUUUUUGCAAUUCAUUAUGGCUGCUGUGAGCAAUCCCCGACAAAAGCAGAAUGUUAGGAAAACAACUGAAAAUUUAAUGCCAGCAAUCCUGGAUUGUAGUGCCAAAGUUUUCAGUAUUUACAAUGACCAAAUGAAUGCUAUGAGGAAGAUCAAGGGCAUUAUUCUUAAAAAGGCUGGGCUAAAAAAGGUGAAAUCACAACAGAUUGGAUUUCAACGAUUAGCAACACUGUAUGAUACUAUCAGCUAUCAAUCAGUAAAUAGUUUAAUGGAAGACUUUGGCAAAAACUUUGAGGAACCUAUUCUAGAAUGGAAAAGGUGUGAAGAAGAAUGGCAAAAACAGGAACAGGCCAGCACUUCAUCUCAGGUCACCUCAAACAAGCUUAUGCCACUUGGAUAUUCAUUUACAGGCGACAACGUUGAUGUACGUUUUAAGGUGAGACAUAUGACCACUACAAGACAGAACAAAGACCACCAUUUGUAUCAACUUAUUUCAUAUCAGAAUAGAAUAAGUGGUAAACAUCUUCCCAAUGAGAAUGCAGUAUUAGAUGUCAGUACAGUUUCUAGCAGUGUUUUUUUGCCAUCAAAUACUGAUAACCAAAAAUUGACAAGUGAACUGGUGUGGCUAAUCUGUCAAACUUGGACGCAAUACAUUCCUGCACUCAGUUGGUUGAAGGAGAUGUUACCUAAAUAUAUCCCUCACAAGUUCAUGCAGGAGGUCAAAACAAAGACUUCAAAGGUGCAUCUUGGUGUCCUAGAGAAAAACGAAUGUAAGGAGGAAGACAUGCUUGACAUCUGUAAAUAUUUACAUAAGUAUGUACCAAACCAUUCAGAUGAUGCCACAAGUACUCAGAAACCAAUCAAGAUUCUAAGCGGGGGUGACUACCUGACUUUUGAAAGGCACAAAGGAGCACAGUCAACCAUGCAAGAUGCUCGAACGCCAUCGAAACGACUUGAGGGUUUAAUUCCAAAAAUGGAGGACUUUCAUCAGCAAGCAGAAUGGUUAGAAGCUGUUUGUUGGAAACAACUUUAUGAUACAAGGUCAGCACGUGACGCAGGUACUCUCUAUGCAGCGAGAAAUGUACUUAAUGCCAGAAAUGUUACAAACCGUCCACACAACUGUUACUAUGCAGCGUCCGACUUACUAGACAAGUACACAGAUGCAUACCUUGUAGCUGGUGCUCUCACUUUCUUUGGCAUGGAUGGUGUUAAUUGUGAACCAUCAGAAAAUACCUAUGAUGGAUCCCCAAUAGAUGUUUUGAGUAAGGAAGAAUAUGUCAAGUCAGUCAUUACCAAAUUUAUUACUACUUACAUCUUCUCUGACACACCAACAAUACCUGAAACACCACCAGAAAGCUCUGACUUCAAAUGCUCUUUCUGCAAAAAGGUGUACAAACGAGUACCUACAUUAAUCAAGCAUGAAGAAGUAGUACACCAAUUCAAAAGAUCUGAACAGCAACCUCCAGCACCGGAACGAGUAGAAGACAACAUUUACAACUACACACGAAAAGUACUGAUACUGACAAUGCUUAGAAGGAAUCACAACAAUGCAAUUAAGAUGGGUGAUGGAGAAAGGGUUGUCAGGCUCUAUAAAUACUUCCUUCUAUUUUAUAAAGCCUGCUCAAAUGCCCCAAAAUAUGCACAUGGAACCUUUGAGACUCUAGCACAAAUAUCCUGCCUGCUGACCGAGAGACAAUCAUUUAAUCUUACAUGGAAUAGAUUUGUAAAUUAUAGACACAAAACAGACACAAAUUUUCCAAUGGAUCUUGAUGUGGAACACACCAACAAGGCAUUUAAAGAUGAAUUGCACUCAUACAGAGGGGAAGUAACAGAAAAAACAAUAAAUAGAAUAAGCAGGAGCCUAAUGUUCACUGAGGAAAUUCUACAUAACUUUGACCAGCAAGCAAAAGUAAAAAAGCCAAGUGGAAUGCAUACUGACGUUGACUUUACUGAGGACGUCUUAACUCUUGUGAAUCAGUUCCACAAACUGAACCUGUUUGAGUAUAUACCGGGCAGGGCGUACACCAUGUUUCCAGUGGUGGCGAGCAACAUGCUAGAUACACUUGACAUGGAAAAAAUGAAGAUAUGGCUGAACAAAACUCUUAAAAAACUAGCAGGCAAACACUAUUAUAGACAAGAAUAA